UGACGAAAUAUUUUGGAGCUUUUAUUGCAAGCUAUGUGAAAUUGUUUGUAAACAAAAACGAAACCAAAAAUGGCAUAAAAGUCAGUGGCGAUUCAAUCAAAAGCUUCAGUAUCCCAGUAAAAGCAAAACAUAGCAGAUUCAUUUAGCAUUCCAGGAAAAAACAAAAUGACAGAAAACAAUCAAGAUGUUAAAGAAACUAAAGCUGCACAAGUGAAUAAAAACUUGGCUACACUCUAUCCUAACUUGGACGAUCGUCUUGAGGAAUAUAUGAGAGGGCUGUGCCAUGUGAAUCCAAAAAAAGGUCCCACUGAAUGUGAUAUCGCAAUUGUGGAAUACUUUGGAGUAUUAAGUCUUACGGAUGUUCGAGCACCCCGGCGUAAACUUUGGUACAUAUACUACAGCCGCUCCGAUGAGAUUGAUAAUACCGUUGAUCAGAUACAUCGGAAAUAUGGUCAAAAGAAUAUGUAUGAGCUGUUCCGCAAGCCGAUUUAUAGUGGGGCUGAUUUUCGGGCUAGGGUAAAAACAAAUUUCGCCAAUCUAAAAUGGUAUGUAAAGGGAAACAUAUUGGAAGCACCGCCACAAAGUACUUACACAGAUGAGAAAGUCAUAAGAGUUAUUACUGAUUUAUAUAAUGCCGAAAGGCGUAUAUAUUAUGAUUAUCUAAAGGGGCGGAAUGAUUAUUUAUGUCGUUGGAAAAGUUCAUUUGCGACUUAGACUUAGCCCAUUUUGAAGUACAUAUUCCCAAAAUCAAUACAAAGACUGGCAAUUUUUACAAAAUCUAUAGGAAUAUUUAAGUCUUUCGAUUCAGUGUUAAUUUAAGAGUUUAGCAGUACAAUUAAAUUGUUGCGGUUGGAUAAA